UCCUCCUCCUCCUCUCUCCCUUGAAUUUCUAGCACGACCGAUACAUCGGCUGCUGCGGGCUCCGGCGGUGCGCGGCGCCAAGGCAAUGGCGUACCAGGUGCUGGAGGUGACGCUGAUCUCGGCCAAGGACCUCAAGCGGGUGACGCUCUUCACCAAGAUGCGCGUGUACGCCGUGGCGUCCAUCUCCGGCGGCGACCCCCGGCUGCCGACGCACAGGACGUACGCCGACCGCGAGGGCGGCCGGAACCCGAUGUGGCACGCCCCGCUCCGCUUCACCAUCCCGCCCGCCGCCGACCCGCGCGGCCUCGCGCUGCACGUCCUCCUCCGCGCCGAGCGCGCCUUCGGCGACCGCGACGUCGGCGAGGUGUUCGUGCCGGUCCGCGACCUCGCCGCCGCGGCCCCCGAGGGCAGCGAGCAGCGGCACCUCAGCUACCAGGUCCGCAGCCCCGUCAGCGGCCGCAAGCGCGGCGUGCUCCACAUCUCGUACAAGCUCACCGACGCGCCGGCGGCACCGGACGCCGCCGCCCCCGCGCCGUACGCCCACCGCCAGUACAUGCCGGACCACCCGGCCACGUCCAAGUGGCACAACCACAAGGGCUCCAGCGCGAUCACGGCGUACCCGGUGGCUCCCCGGAGCGGGCCGCCGUACCCGCCGUACGGGCCUCCCUACGGCGGCGCCUACCCUCACCAUCAUCAGUACGGGUACGGCGCGUACGGCUACGGCGCCCCACCGCUGGGGGUGGCGUACGGGUACGGGGGCAGCGGCGCCGCGCCGGCAGCGAGGGCCGGCGGAGGGAUGGGCACGGGGCUCGGCCUCGGCCUCCUCGGCGGCGCGGUCGGGGGGUUGAUGAUCGGCGACAUGAUCGCCGACGCGGAGGUGGACGGGGCGUACGACGGCGGGUUCAUGGACGGCGUGGGCUUCUGAGUGUUUAGCGAUCGCUCGAUCGACCAGAAGGAAACGCGGCGCGGCGGCGCCGUUGAUGUUCAACACGGCUUGAUCUCGUCGGCAUCCUUGCGAAUCCAGGAUGAUUUUGUACUAGCGAACACGAACUGCAAUGUUCAAGCUCUGCAACAACUAACGUGUAUAUCAAAACACGGGGAUGAUGUUCAUGACCAACCGGGCUAAUUCUGUUGUUUCUUCUGUGUUCUUUCUCUCUUGUAACUUUCCGGCACGGAAAAUCACACUGUGUUAGCUUUCGUUGGAAGGUUAAAAAGAAUAUCAGUUUGACGAU